AAUUCGUUUACACAGAAAUAUAUACAACGUUCUAUUUGGUGUAAGAAUUCGUAAGAAAAAGGUAGUUUAGUUUGAAUAAAUUAAAUGAAUCGAGCAAUUAGACUGUUGUGAUUUACGAUUGGCGAUCGACACUGAAAAUAUAUGAGUGCACUUGCAUAGAAAAUAGUAAGAGGUUUGCGCGUGUGUGAAUCUGUAAUAAUCGUGCAUGCGUGCGUGUCACGUACAUAUCGGGGCGUGUACAUACAGAUACAAGACUCUUGGACCGCUCAAAGCACGGCAAAGUUGGUUGACGAAAAUGGCACAGCAAUGUCUGUUGUGAUCGACGUGAUUUGUGAUAAAUAUUGUCGAGUGAAUCCGUGAAAGGGUACAAUUGAAGUAUCCAGCGGUCGCGCGCAUGUCUCUGUUCACAUUAUCGCCAUUUUGUAGGCAUUUCAUAUAAACUUGUCGAUAACUCUGAUGAUGGACUGACAUGAAAAGAAAGACACGCGGUACGAAGCGGUAGAGUGCAAGGACCCACGUCAUUGCAGAAGAAACAAGUUUACAAAAAUUCCAUCAAAUAUAAAAUUCUAUUGACUAUGCCAGCUAUUCCAAGACCUGGUAGUCUUAAGGAUCCCGAGAUUGCUGAACUUUUCGAAAAAAAUGAUCCGGAAAAGAUAUUUGAGGACCUACGGGAAAUUGGACAUGGCAGUUUUGGCGCAGUUUAUUAUGCGCGAUGUCUACUUACGAAGGAAAUCGUCGCGAUUAAAAAAAUGUCAUAUCUCGGCAAGCAAACUGUGGAGAAGUGGCAGGAUAUUCUCAAGGAAAUUCGUUUCCUGCGACAACUCAAUCAUCCAAAUACUAUUGAAUACAAGGGUUGCUACCUCAGAGACCAUACAGCAUGGCUGGUGAUGGAAUAUUGUCUCGGUUCAGCGUCCGAUAUAAUUGAAGUUCACAAGCGUCCGUUGAAGGAGGAUGAAAUAGCAGCAAUUUGUGAGGGAGUAUUACGUGGAUUACAUUAUCUGCACUCUUUAGGUAGAAUACAUCGAGACGUUAAGGCAGGUAACAUUCUCCUAACAGAGAAUGGUACAGUUAAACUUGCUGACUUUGGAUCAGCAAGUAUCAAGUGUCCAGCAAAUAGUUUUGUGGGUACACCAUAUUGGAUGGCUCCGGAAGUAAUAUUAGCUAUGGAUGAGGGCCAGUAUGAUGGAAAAGUUGACGUAUGGUCGCUUGGAAUCACAUGUAUCGAAUUGGCGGAAAGGAAGCCACCGUACUUCAACAUGAAUGCAAUGAGUGCACUCUAUCAUAUUGCCCAGAAUGAUACGCCGACGUUGAAUUCUCCUGAUUGGUCAGAUAUUUUUGGUAAUUUUGUUGAAGUUUGUUUAACAAAAAGUCCAAAUGAAAGACCCUCCUCUGGUAAACUUUUAUCGCAUUCCUUUGUUACUCGGACACGGUCACCACAAGUUUUAAUUGACCUUAUACAAAGAACAAAAGCGGCUGUGCGUGAACUGGAUAAUUUGAACUAUCGGAAAAUGAAGAAAAUAUUGAUGAUUGAUGCAUGCGAAACUGAAAGUAAUGUUGGUGACGCGGAUGAUACACCUGAUGAACAAACAGGUGGAGACAGUAGCAAGAGCAAUUCAAUCACUUCCGAACAUUCAAUUCAUUCAAUGGGUGUAUCCGCGAGCUCUCAGAGUUCUUCGACAAAUAGUUUACCACUGCCUAAUGCAGAUGCAAACGAUUAUUCGUCUGGAUCUGUGAGAAACCGUCAUAAAGCGUCUGCGGGUGUUACUGCCAAUCUAUUGGAGCAUGGUGCCAAUAAUUUUGCAACAAUAAGGACUACUUCAAUUGUUACAAAACAACAAAAAGAGCAUAUGCAAGAAGAAAUGCAUGAACAAAUGAGUGGCUAUAAGAGAAUGAGAAGAGAACAUCAAGGUGCACUAGUUAAACUUGAAGAACGUUGUAAAAUGGAGGUUGAAUCCCAUAAACAAUUGUUGGAUAAAGAGUAUGAAACGCUGUUACAGCAAUUCAGCAAAGAUCUUGAAAAGUUACAAUUAAGGCACAUACAAGAAUUAGAGCGUAAGUUAAAACAAAAUCAAAAUGCUGAGAAGAAGCUUCAGAAAGAAAUAAUAAGCCGUCAAGAAGCUGAUCGUAAAGCGCUUGAGGCACAACAAAAACGAGAAUAUAAAGCGUAUAAAGAGAGAUGGAAGAAAGAACUCUCACAGGAUGAAGUUACGCCCAAAAGACAACGUGAUGCCACCUUACAAAGUCAAAAAGAUAAUUUACGACAGAUGGAAGCUCAAGAGGAACAGCGGCUUGCUCGGGGACAACGUGAAUAUCUCGAUUUGGAGAUAAGAAAGUUCCGUAGAAAAAAAUUGCUCAUUUUCCAUAGCCUCGAGCAAGAAUUACUCAGAGAAGAACUCAAUAAACGUCAACAACAGUUGGAGCAAGCGCACGCAAUGCUUUUAAGGCAUCAUGAGAAGACGCAAGAGCUCGAAUACAGGCAACAACGUGCUGUACAUUCAUUACGUGAAGAGCAAAUACAGCGACAGCAUGCUACGGAACUGUGCAAUCAACAGGAGUAUAUGCAACGCUCUGAACGUGAUUUACGAAAGAAGCAUGCACUUGAAUUGAAACAACAGCCUAAGAGUUUAAAACAAAAAGAAAUGCAAAUAAGAAAGCAGUUUAGAGAAACGUGCAAGAUACAAACUCGUCAAUAUAAAGCUUUGAAAGCUCAGAUACUCCAGUCCACUCCCAAGGAUGAACAAAAAACAGUGAUAAAAAAAUUAAAAGAGGAACAAAGACGUAAACUUGCACUUCUUGGUGAUCAGUAUGAACAGAGCAUUGCUGAAAUGUUGCAAAAACAGAGUAUCAGGUUAGAUGAAUCGCAAGAGGUUGAAUGUCAUCAUCUGAAAGAACGACUCAAUUAUGAGUUGGAAAUUCUCAUGGCAUAUCAGUCAAAGAACAAGAUGCAAGCUGAAGCACAGAGAAAUCGUGAACGUCGAGAGUUAGAAGAUCGUGUAUCAGUUAGAAGGGCUUUACUUGAACAAAAAAUGGAAUUAGAAACUCAGGAGUUCCUUCAGGAGCGAAGUGAAAGGAUACGGUUGUUACAUGAAAGACAGGAACGUGAAUUACAGCAAUUUGAUGAAGAGAGUGCAAGAAUUGGUUUCAGUGCCCUGGCAAUAGCAGAAGCAUCAAAAGAAUCUUAUCCAGAUGAUGAAAGUCUCAGUGGUUCCAUGUUAAGUUUAGCUCACAGCAAUAGCUCUACAUCUUUUCCACCUAAUAGUAUCUAAUUAUUGACAAUAUACAAUGUGUAUGUCUUAUGACGACUCGUACCAAACGAGCUAAUAAUCUUGUGACAUCUUUGACAUAGAAACUUUAUUAGCAUUGACGUUGACAAAAAAAAAACUCAUGAUAAAAAUUGAAAAGUUUCUUACGAACAUAUUAGUGUAGUAUAUGAGUAGUAUCAACUAUCGAGUCGUCCAUCCAAAUUUUUUAUUUUUUUUUAUCUCAUCUCAUUUAAAA